UUGCAGGUUUUUAAGGGAGUUGGACUUGCAGGAAAACGAAGUCGAAGAUCGCAGAGGACAGUGGCUUAGUUGUUUUUCAGACAACUGCACUACUCUUGUCUCUUUGAAUUUUGCUUGCCUCAAAGGAGAAGUUAACUUGGCAGCUCUUGAGAGGCUAGUGGCUAGAUGUCCAAACCUAAGAAGUCUGAGAUUAAAUCAUACUGUGCCUCUUGAUGCUCUUCAAAGGAUUUUAAUUAAAGCUCCUCACUUAGUGGACUUGGGGACAGGGAGUUUUAUCAGUGAUCCAGUUUCUGAGACUUACAACAAACUAAAGAAUGCUCUGAAGAGGUGUACUUCUAUUAGGAGCUUGUCGGGGUUCUUGGAGAUUGCUCCUCGCUGCCUGCCUGCUAUUUAUCCAAUUUGCCUGAAUUUGUCGUCCCUGAACUUGAGCUAUGCACCUGGAAUCUACAGUGCUGAACUUAUAAAGCUGAUUCGUUUCUGCGGAAAACUAGAGCGCCUAUGGAUUCUGGAUACUAUUGGAGAUAAAGGGCUAGGUGUUGUGGCUUCUACUUGUAAAGAAUUGCAGGAAUUAAGGGUCUUCCCAUCUGACCUUCAUGGAUUUGGCCAUGCUGCUGUAACUGAAGAGGGCUUGGUUGCAAUAUCAGCCGGUUGUCCAAAGCUCAACUCAUUGUUGUAUUUCUGCCAGCAGAUGACUAAUGCUGCACUUAUAACUGUUGCCAAAAACUGCCCAAACUUUAUUCGUUUCAGAUUGUGCACUCUUAACCCAACUGUGCCAGAUGCAGUUACCAUGCAGCCACUAGACGAAGGUUUUGGGGCAAUUGUACAGUCGUGCAAAGGCCUCAAGCGGCUGUCAGUCUCUGGUCUUCUAACUGAUCAGGUUUUCCUUUACAUAGGAAUGUAUGCUGAGCAGCUUGAGAUGCUCUCCAUAGCCUUUGCUGGAGAUAGUGACAAGGGGAUGCUAUAUGUGUUGAACGGGUGCAAGAAAAUGAAAAAGCUUGAGAUCAGGGAUAGCCCUUUUGGUAAUGUGGCACUUCUGGCGGACGUGGGGAAGUAUGAGACAAUGCGAUCCCUUUGGAUGUCGUCCUGCCAAGUGACCCUUGGAGCAUGCAAGGCUGUUGCUCAGAAGAUGCCGAGGCUCAAUGUGGAGAUCAUCAGCGAGAACGAUCAGAUAGACACUUGCUCUGAUGACAGGCAAAAGGUCGAGAAGAUUUACUUGUAUCGAACAUUGGUUGGUCCCAGGAAGGACUCCCCAGAUUUCGUCCGGACGUUGUAGAGGACAUGUGUGCAUCUGCUUCCCUCUGCCUCUUGUAACUUUAAUUUGUUCAAAUGAACUGUUAUGUAUUCUUAGUUCAACUACCUACUUAUUGGAAUGGAGACUAUUCACUUUUCUGAAUCUGGUGAUCCACAAUUUAAGGGGCAUUUCGUA